AUGUCCAACACUUUCCUCUUCACCUCCGAGUCUGUCGGCGAGGGCCACCCCGACAAGAUCUGCGACCAGGUCUCGGAUGCGAUCCUCGACGCGUGCUUGGCCGAGGACCCGUGGUCGAAGGUUGCCUGCGAGACGGCGGCCAAGACGGGUUUGAUCAUGGUCUUUGGCGAGAUCACGACCAAGGCGCACGUCGACUACCAGAAGGUGAUCCGCGACACGAUCAAGCGCAUCGGGUACGACUCGUCCGACAAGGGCUUCGACUACAAGACUUGCAACGUCCUCGUCGCCAUCGAGCAGCAGUCCCCUGACAUUGCUCAGGGUCUCGACCACGGCUCGCUCGAGAACCACGGCGCCGGCGACCAGGGCAUCAUGUUCGGCUACGCGACGAACGAGACGCCCGAGAUGAUGCCGCUCACGCUCGUCCUCGCGCACAAGCUCAACCGCAAGCUCGCCGAGUGCCGCCGCAGCAACCUCCCGUGGCUCCGCCCCGACACCAAGACGCAGGUCACGGUCGAGUACGAGAAGCUCGCGAACGGCGCCGUCAAGCCCCUCCGCGUCGACACGGUCGUCAUCUCGACCCAGCACGCCGAGGAGAUCUCGACCGAGGACCUCCAGAAGGAGAUCAUGGAAAAGGUCGUCAAGGCCGUCAUCCCCGCCAACCUCCUCACCGACAAGACCGUCUACCACAUCCAGCCCUCGGGCCGCUUCGUCAUCGGUGGUCCCCAGGGCGACGCCGGCUUGACCGGACGCAAGAUCAUCGUCGACACCUACGGCGGAUGGGGCGCCCACGGCGGUGGAGCCUUCUCCGGCAAGGACUGGUCGAAGGUCGACCGUUCAGCAGCCUACACGAGCAGGUGGAUUGCCAAGUCGCUCAUCGCGGCGGACCUCGCCGACCGCGUCCUUGUCCAGCUCUCGUACGCCAUCGGUGUUGCGGAGCCCCUCUCGAUCUUCGUCGACUCGUACGGCACCGUCAAGGGCGGCCGCUCCGACGCCGACCUUACUGAGAUCAUCAAGAAGAACUUUGACCUUCGCCCGGGUAUGAUCGUUAAGGAGCUGGACCUCCAGCACCCCAUCUACGAGAAGACGGCACGCUAUGGUCAUUUCGGUCGCGACGACGUCUCGUGGGAGGUUCCCAAGAAGCUCCAGCUCUAA